AUGCACGGGAAUGACGGACCACUGCAGAUCAAUAAAAGUGUGAAACAUGGUUCUCGUGGGCCUACGGACUUUUUGCACGCCGCGAAUUCGUUGUGCAUACCAACGACUACUGGCCUACAAGAUGGCUUGCCGGACUCGAUCGGCUACGAGUAUGCCAACAGUACGAUCACACACGAGGGCAAGCGUCACGAUGCUGCUACUGCGUAUAUUCACCCGAAGCUGAGGGAUGAUAAGCAUCCGAACCUGCACGUACUGUGUGAGACCAAGGUCAGCAGGAUUCUCUUCGAUGGUAAGAAACGUGCCGUUGGAGUGGAACUCAGCAGCAAUGGGCCGGCAUUUGAUGGCGCCAUGAAUGGAGGCGCAGUAACCACGAUCAAAGCGCGCAGACUGGUCGUUGCAUCUUGUGGUGCAAUAGGCUCGCCCUUACUGCUCGAGCGGUCAGGACUCGGUAGCUUGGAGGUGUUAAAGAAAGCGUUUGUGCCUAUGGUAUCUGAUCUACCUGGUGUUGGUGCCGAAUAUCAGGACCACAACUAUGUACCUUGGGCAUACAAGACCAAUGGGAAUUCUGACGAUGCUCUCAACGACUUUUGGCGAGGCCAGAUCACCACAGAAGAUGCUGAGGCCAAAGGUCUGCUGGCAUUCAGUGGCUGUGAUCUACACGGCAAGCUUAGGCCAACAGUCGAAGAGGUGAAAACCCUUGGUCCAGCAUUUGAGGCAGCAUGGGAAAAGGAUUUUGCAGAUAAGCCUGGAAAGCCUCUUAUGCUCGCAGCAGCCGCAAGCACGGCCGACCCAACACUUCCACCUGCACAGUACUUCUCCGCAAGCCACUACACAGCAUAUCCAUACUCCAGAGGCAAGGUGCAUAUCACUGGACCUUCACUGCAAGAUCCGAUCGACUUCGAGACUGGAUUUUUUACAGAUGAGCACGACCUUGACCUCAAAAAGGCGGUAUGGGCCUACAAGAAGACCCGGGAAAUUAUGCGCCGAACGUCCAUGUACCGCGGCGAGGCACCAGAAGAACAUCCAAGGUUCCCAGCCGGCUCGGCAGCUGGUCUAUACCAUGGCGAGAACUCCCUGAUAUCUCAAGGCAAGGUCCAAUCCUUGCUGUACAACGCUGAAGACGACAAAGCCAUCGAACAGCGCCUUCGUGAGCGAAUUGCUACGACCUGGCAUUCGUUAGGCACAUGUCCGAUGAAGCCAAGAGAGCUUGGAGGUGUUGUUGAUCAAAAGCUUAAUGUAUAUGGUGUGCGAGGUUUGAAGGUCAUUGACUUGAGUAUUCCACCUAUGAACGUGGGAGCCAACACACAGAUCACGGCCUACACCAUUGGAGAGAAGGGAGCUGAUAUCAUCAUCAAAGAACUCGGUGUUUGCGACACAGCUGCCAAUGGUAUAACAAUAUGA